AUGGCUGAGAAUUACCCCUUUUCCACAUACUUCAUUCUCCUUCUAAUAACCAUAACACGUUUAAUAUCCACAGUGGGAAAAACCGAGCAAUGGAAAACUCUGCUACCACCAGAGGUUGCAACCGUUAACAGCAUAUCUCACAAGCUCCGUGACGACCCUGAAGCUAUCCAAUUAGCUUCAAGGGACUAUGGCAACCUCGUACAUGAUUUACCAAAAGCAGUGUUUGAUCCAUCUUCAAUAUACGACAUAGUGAAGCUUAUAAAGCUCUCAUAUAACAGCUCUGUCCCUUUUAACAUAGCUGCGAGAGGACAAGGCCAUUCCACUCGUGGACAAGCCAUGGCUCGUGAUGGGGUUGUGGUGGACAUGGCGGGGUUCAGAGAAAGAAGAAAUGGGGUUGGGAUUAGUGUCUCUGUGGACCCUUUUGUUGGUUACUAUGCUGAUGUUGGAGGGGAGCAACUAUGGAUUGAUGUGUUACACACCACACUUGAACAUGGACUUGCACCUGUUUCUUGGACCGAUUAUCUUUACUUGACUGUGGGAGGGACACUCUCAAAUGCUGGUAUCGGUGGCCAUACAUUCCACUUUGGACCUCAAAUCAGUAAUGUUCAUGAAAUGGAUGUAGUCACUGGAAAAGGAGAAUUUGUUACCUGUUCUUCGCAGACGAAUUCAGAGUUAUUUCACGCGGUUCUUGGUGGUUUAGGACAAUUUGGAAUUAUAACAAGGGCAAGGAUUGCUCUUGAGCCAGCACCCAAGAGGGUUAAAUGGGUCCGACUUCUAUAUGAUGACUUUUCUGCUUUUACAAAAGACCAAGAACUAUUGAUCUCAAUCAAUGGAACGAAACAAAAUACUGCAUUGGAUUAUUUGGAAGGGAUGUUGCUAUUACACCAAGGACCCAUAAAUAAUUGGAGAUCUUCUUUCUUCCCUUUAGCCGACCAUCCCAGAAUAAUUUCCCUUGUAACUAAACAUAGAGUCCUCUAUUGCCUUGAAGUGGCCAAAUAUUAUGAUGACCAAUCUGAAAACAAUGUGGACAAGGAACUCCAAGUUUUGCUCCAAGGUCUGAGCUAUAUCCCUGGAUUCUAUUAUGAAAAAAAUGUCUCAUAUGUUGAGUUCUUGAAUAGAGUCCGAAGUGGAGAGUUGAAGCUUCAGUCACAAGGACUGUGGGAUGUUCCUCAUCCAUGGCUUAAUUUGUUUAUACCAAAAUCUCAAAUCUUGGAUUUUGAUUUAGGCAUAUUCAAGAAUAUCAUCCUUAAACAAAACAUCACCACAGGACCUGUCUUGGUUUACCCUAUGAAUAGAAACAAGUGGGACAAUAGGAUGUCAGUAUCUAUACCAGAUGAGGAUGUCUUCUACACAGUUGGAUUUUUGCACUCAAGUGGGUUUGAUAAUUGGGAGGCCUUUGAUGCUCAAAAUAGAGAAAUUUUGAAUUUUUGUAAUGAUAAUGGGAUUAAGGUUAAGAAAUAUCUUCCCCACUACACCACACAGGAAGAUUGGAAAAACCAUUUUGGCCCUAAAUGGAGGACUUUCUUGGAAAGAAAACAACAGUUUGAUCCAAGAAUGAUUCUAUCACCUGGACAAAGAAUCUUCAACAAUAAUUAACCAGCUUUUUUAAUAUUUUCCCCAAUGAAAAGUGGUUUUAUAUAUAUGGUGGGAUUACCUCAGCUAGCUAGCUGGCUGGUUACAAAGUGUACACAAUGACCCGAACUUCGGAUGAUAGCUUUUGUACUUUUUUGUUAGAAGGUGGGGUUAAAAACGGCAUGACUUUGGCAUAAUAUAUAUAUAUAUAUAAAUCAGGUUACACAUA